UACGGUGGCCGGAAUUUGAUUGAUGUUUUAUUAUUUUUAUAAUAAUAAUUCCUUUUUUGUUCUUUUUUGGGUGGGAAUUGCCUUUUUGUGAAUGAAGAUGGUGAACUCCAUGGUGGAGAAAGCAACCAGCAGCUUGCUGAUCGGACCUGAUUGGGCUAGGAAUCUCGAGAUCUGCGACUUGCUUACUCGCAACCCUGUACAAGCAAAAGAUGUUAUAAAAGGCAUAAAAAAGCGGCUUGGACAUAAAAAUCCCAAAGUUCAACUUCUUGCCUUAACUCUACUAGAAACUAUCAUAAAAAAUUGUGGGGACCUUGUUCAUAUACAUGUUGUAGAGAGAGAUGUUCUCAAUGAUAUGAUCAAAUUGGUCAGGAAAAAGCAGCCCGAUUUUCAUGUCAAAGAAAAGAUACUGAGUCUGAUUGAUAGUUGGCAAGAAUCUUUUGGGACAAAUUCAAGAUAUCCACAAUAUUAUGCUGCAUACCGGGAGUUAUUGCAUGCUGGGGCAGUAUUCCCUGUGAGGAAUGAGACGUCUGCCCCUGUAUUCACUCCUCAAACACAACCUUUGUCUUAUACCCAACGUGAGUCUUCUGCAGAGCCUGAGUUCCCAGCCCUAAGUAUGUCAGAAAUUCAGAAUGCACGUGGUAUUAUGGAUGUCCUUGCAGAAAUGUUAAAUGCAUUAGAUCCUGAAAACAAAGAGGGACUCAAGCAGGAGGUGAUUGUUGACUUAGUGCAGCAGUGCCGUGUCUACAAACAAAGAGUUGUACACCUUGUUAACUCAACAACGGAUGAGUCACUUUUGUGUCGGGGUUUAGCAUUGAAUGAUGAUUUGCAGCGCGUUCUAGCAAAGCAUGGAGAGAUAGCUUCAGAAACUUUUCAAGCAGACAAAUCUAAGCCUGAAGUUGAUACUGGGGAUAGCAGCAAACAGUCUGAAGGGAGAUCUACCUCGAGCACAAGUUUUCAAACGUUCAAUCAGUCAUCGCUCCCUGUACCUCCUAUGACUAAUGGUUCAACUCCUCCGGCGGCAGUUGAUCCGAAAAUGGACCUCCUUAGUGGUGAUGACUACAAUUUCCCAAAGGCAGAUGAUUCACUUGCCCUUGUUCCUGUGGGAGAACCAGAACAAACAACUCCUGCAUCAUCACAGCAAAUGGCCCUUGUUCUCUUUGAUAUGUUUCCUGACGAUAACAACACGCCUGCUUCUGUUAACACCUUGUCUUCAGAUUUGUGCGGACACCCAUAUCCUCUAACUCCUCAAACUCAGCAGCAGAACUUUCAUGUGAAUGGAAAUGAACCGAACAUAGGAUUACCUCAAUAUGAGCAGCCAUUUUCCCAAGGCAUGGGUCCUGCCUGGAACGGUCAGCAGCAGCUGCAGCCCACCUAUGGUGCCCCGAGUAUGAGCUCACUACCACCACCACCCUGGGAAGCACAAGCAGCUGAGCCUAGCCUAGUUGCAGUUCCUCAGUAUCCCCAUUUCGGACCUCAACAAAUGGGAAGUGAUCAAGUGGUGGGUGUCUACAUUCAGCCUGUCAUUACCGGCCAUUUGUCAGGAAUUAAUAACCAGCAGCAGCAGGCUGUUCAGGGAAACCAAUUUGGUGGUUUUCAUCCCCAAGGAGUCCAAGGAGCACCGUAUAACAUGGGCAUGAUUCCACAGCAAAUUACUGUAGUUCCCCAGAUAAUGGCACCAGUGUAUUCUCCUCAACAAAUGUAUGGUGGGCAGCCAAUGGCACCCUAUGGCGGCCACGGUCAACAAUGGUAUCUUAAUCAACAAAUGUAUGGGCUGUCCAUCGGAGAUAACAACGGUUCCAGAAACUCUUCCUACCAGGUUCAAACUUCGUCUUACAUGCCGCCAACCAAGCCUUCAAAACCAGAAGAUAAGCUAUUUGGAGACCUUGUUGACAUGGCCAAAAUUAAAUCACCAAAAACUAAUCCUGCAAGGCCUGGCAUGUGAACAUGCAAAUUUGUAUAAUUCUUCCCCGAAUAUAAUAUUUAAUUUCUAUUAUAUAUAUAUAUAUAUUUGGUUCUCC